AUUAUGUGUCGGGUCUCUACAUGCAAUCACUGAUAUGAACUUACAUACAAACAAACAGGAUACAAGUUGGUCGCUUAAGUGUUUGGGUAAGAGAGUUUACGAUGGUGAAGAGGAGAAUUAAUUGCACCGUUGAAGCUAAUGAGGCAGAAAGCCACAAACUUCCUCGAACACGGAUGAUGCGGGGUAGCCAUGUCUAAGAGCCUUAUAUUAUCUGAAAUCAGGUGGUGGCGAGUCACGUGACAAACACUAACAUGUUACAUAAGACGAUCAGAAAGAUUAUCGCCUUGGUCGCCAUGGCGACAUUUCUUGUGGUAGCGUAUAUGAUCACGUGGUCCUAUGACGCUAGAUCGAUUUUUCACAACAGUGAUGCUCUACCACCCCAGAAAGAGGUGCCUAUGUUGAAAAUGGUGACAUCACCAACUGGGCGUAAAACGUCACUACUUGAGAAAUCUGACGAUUACGUAGUACCCAAUAUUGUCCAUUUCACAUGGAUUGGAGAAUAUUUACAUUUACAGUUUCAUCAUUUUCUGAGUAUAAAGUCAGCGGCCAUUUUUAUCCGCCCGGAACAAAUCUAUCUUCACUGUGACUAUGAGCCUAUUGGCAGUUGGUGGAAGGCCCUUCGGAAAAUCGUCAACAUUCAAGUCGUAAAAAUAGACCCGCCAACUUCCAUAUUUGGUCAUAGGGUGAAACGCCCAGAACACAAAUCAGACCUUAUAAGGUUAAAUGUCUUAGAGGAUCAAGGAGGGAUCUUUCUCGAGAAUGACGUCAUUGUGUUAAAGCCAUUUACGCCAUUAAGAAAAUAUGCCUUUACGAUGGGAUUAGAGUAUCAUAGCAACCCGGGAAGGCUAAAUAAUGGCAUAAUCGUCGCUAAGAAAAAUGCAACAUUCUUGAACAUUUGGCGGGAAACAUAUCGUAAUUUUACGGAGCGAGAAUGGGACGAACAUAGUUCAAUCAUACCUUACCACUUACAAUAUCAGUUCCCGCACCUGAUACACGUGGAGGAGAGGAGCCUGAACUAUCCAAGCGGCCCCGACCGCCGGCUCAUUUAUCAGGAUAUUUACGAUUGGGGAGACAACUAUGCCAUACAUCUGUGGUAUGAUCUUCACGCGCUCACGCACUCGCCAAAUGAUAUUAAGUCCAUGAAUACGACCUUCGGACAAAUCGCGCGUUACGUGUAUUACAACACCACGAAGUUAAUGUGAUAGAGUACCACGUCCUGUUAGCGGUAGAACCAUUUAAUACAACGAAGUUGAUGCCAGUCGGAGCGAUACAACAUACCACGGAUGCGCUUUAGCGGUAUAUGACCGUAGUUAUUUAAAACGCGUUUUAAUGCCCAAAUUGUAAAGCAAAGGGAAUAGGCAGAAUUUAUUACAACUUUUCAUGGCUUUCCCCCAUCAUACAUUUUCAAUUAUAUGGUAACACUGUUAAUAGGCACGAUAAUGAAAUAUAUCUACAUACACCUACACAGUUCAACCAGACUCUUGUUGUCUGUGCAAGUUAGGAAGUUUACGAAAUGAUCAAGCGUCUCGUUGAACGAGACUAAACGUUCAUCGGAUAACUCGGGGCCAAUGCGCAUGCCUCCAUCGGGAUGACAGCAAAGAAAUGCCAUAUCCCGUAUUGUAAUAAACUAGUAUGUAUUUAUUCACCAGUUCAAACAAAUUAUUUAUCAAAUAAAACUCAGCACACUGUGUUCAGAUUACAGCUAACUGCAGCUAGCGCUAUCAAAUGGUUAACAUAGAUUGUACACCUAUACUCACCCUGGGCCGUUUUCGUUUUUCGCUUUCCAAACGGUUGAACCGGUUGGACCAGAGUUGUUCGUUUAUGAAAUAAGGUCGGACCUAGUAAUCUGAUGCUGCUUUCAUGCGUGUCUUGACAAAGCCUUGCAAGGCCUGUAUAAUCCUUUACAUGUCUGCAGGAUUUAUACCCGAAAAUGUUACAUUUAAAAACGGACAAACCGGUUGUUUCGCAUAAACGAACAUGCCCUUAUUUCUCAGAUAAAGCACGUGCGCCUCGCGCAACGUCACAUGAUACACUCUUAACCAUACAAACACGUCAUGCGUGACCCUCACUAUAACAUAGUGAUGACUGUAACAUUGAUAAAAUUAUUGCAAAUAUUUUUGCCGAAUAAGUUUUUUUUUUUAAGUAAACCUCUACUGUGUUAUCGUACGUGUGAGUGAAGUAAAUGAAAGGCUCGCCAAUAAGGAUUGUAACGAAGUAACACCAGAAAUUCAAGUAUGAAAGCUUCAUAUUCUGACUUUCUUGGUUUAACCCACCCCCCUUGUAGCCAGACUAAAGGACCUGUCGCAUUGACGUUCAGAUGGGAUAUUCCUAUCGGGCGAUUAUAUUUGUUUCAAUGUAUGUCUGAGCGUUUAUUGUUCACGUAUAAAGUACAGUAUUAUAAUUGGAUACGUUAUUACAUAUUUUCCCGUUACCUGAUUGACAGUUUUCAUUGAACAAUAGAUAUACCUACAUAUGUAUGUUCGAUGUGUGAAUGCAUUUGUAGUACGGAAGCCGGUAUGGGCCACCGAGAAAAAAUGUCAUAAUAACGGCUUUCUCCCUCCUUUUAAGGACAUGGCUAUGUCGUAAUAACAAGUUACUAUCUCUGUGUCGUUAUUUCUAGAUGGUAAGUCGUUAUUGCGAGAUAGUGACUCGUUAUUACGAGAUAGUAAGACGUUACUACGAGAUAGCAUGUCAUAAAAAAAUUCUCGGUGUCCCUUAUCAGCUUCCGUAGAAUAUUGACACGGCUGUAAUUAAUUUACACAACCGGAAGUUAACACGUCUGUUCACUGUGGUCUGACUACGUCACAUGUUAGCUUUAUCUCAAUUACAUAGAAAAUAUAUUGUUUUUAUAUAAAAUGUACAUGUUUUAAAAAACGUUGGAACUUAUUGAAUAAAACGGUUACUGUUC